CCUCACGCACCUCAAGAUGGACAGUCCGUAUUCACGAGAAUUGACAGUCGCCUUUGGCGCUCUGCAAGGAGCGGCACAGCUAAGCCAGUCCAUCGUAUCGGCAAAAGACAAAGGCGUCAUCGAGAAGGAGGAUUUGAGCCCGGUGACGGUGGCCGACUUCGCAGUCCAGGCCCUACUUACCGCAACCAUCAAGAAUGCAUUCCCAGGAGACCGUGUCGUUGGCGAGGAGGAUGCGUCCGACUUGAGGAAGAGUCCAGUGCUGAUGGAGCGAGUAUGGGAACUUUUGAACCGGAACGCCGGGACCCAGUACAAAUUGCCCGCGACUCGGGAUCAAAUGUGCGAUCUGAUUGAUGAGUGUGGCUCUGUUGUUCCAGGAGGCCAAGGAUCUGGACGGACCUGGGUUUUCGACCCCAUCGACGGCACCAAGACAUACGUCAGAGGCGAACUGUAUGCGAUCAACAUGGCACUUUUGCUCGAUGGAAAGCAGGUGGCUGGCAUCGUGGCGUGCCCCAACAUGUCCAUGGACGCAAAGGCACCGCUGCGAAACGAAAACAUCGAUCCUACCGGCCAAGGCUGCAUCGUCUUUGCUGUCAAGGACCAUGGUGCCUAUGUCCGACCAUUGAGUGGAAGCAUCGCGGACAUCCAACCGAAAAAGUUGGCUCGCCACGCCGAGGGGCAAGACGUUCGCUUCGUCACCUGCGCCAACAUUGUCGACUCGGCCCUUGAUGGCGUCCACGAGGUGGUUGCCGACCGACUCAACGCUACGUAUCCCGGAUGCGAUCUUGUGCCCUGGGUUCUUCGGUGGGCAGUGCUGGCAAUGGGCCUCGGCAAUACGACGGUCUGGGUGUACAAGCGCAAGGACCGAUAUGGAAAGGCUUGGGAUCAUGCGGGAGCCAUGUUGUUAUUCGAAGAGUCCGGCGGCAAGAUUACAGACGUACGUGGUAACGUGAUUGAUUUGUCGGCUGGAAGAACGAUGAGCGCCAACUUUGGGUUCAUCGCUGCGCCAGCCGACAUCCAUGGUCGGGUACUACAGACAGUGCACGACGUUCUUCGUGAGCAAGACAGGCAGGAUUUUUUUGAGUAAUAUAUGAAGGCGUAUUCACCAAGUUACCCCUGCCGUUGCGUGGCUAUAUCGAUGUACCAAUCACCAAAUAAAGCAAGAAGCUUAUGCCUCUUUUCUACCUCGUCUUCCCGCCCUUGACUCCUGCUGUCAAAAUAGUCCACAAAAGCACGACGGAAAUUCUCGGGAGCCUCUACAAGAAGAGCGUUCGGCGACAGUUCUGAGGCUAUCCAGUCACUGAACGCUUUGUUGAAUUCUGC